AUGCUCUCCUCCUUCCAGCCUUUUGAACAGCAAACGGCAGCCCUGCCGAACUAUCAGAAUGAUCUUCUGACGGCGCUCUCCUCCUAUUCCGCAUCCGGAAGAGUGGAAAACGACACAAGGGGACUGAGCAACAAUCUGGCUGGUCCAAGGCGGCUGAGCUUGCAAGGGCAUCCCUCGCUCACCGAGACCACACCCCCGCGGUAUGAUUCGCUGUUUCUGAACAUCGAGAAUGAAACUACCAUAUCACAGAUGCAGCUUAAAUUCCUGCUUUCCACUGCGUGCUCUACGAUCGAACCGAGUCAAUCGAUUUAUCAAAAAAACUUUACCAGUUCCAGAUCUGUGGCUGGUAUUGUGGGCCACCCCCAGCAGGUGAUUGUAGCCGUCCCGCGAGAAUCCAUGCAGCAGAUUGCCUUGUUUUCGCUUCAGCCUCCCUCGGGUCAUACUCUCGACUGGGGUCCAAUUGCGAUAAUCCGGGUACAGCCGCAAAAGGGGUCCCAGAAAGGGGAGAGUUUCUGGGGCGAAAGUGUCCCAGCAGAUCUCGAGAGUUUUUUGCCUCGAUGUGGUGGUCUGCACUUUGCAGCGAUAGCCGGACCACCUGCCUACCUUGAUGGCAGCAUCCUCAGAGUGGUGGAGAGCGAAACGACCCAAAAGCUCCGGUCCCCCGCUGAUCGGCGCUAUCCUUGCCUGGUUGAGCAGACGCACCUGCCAAGGUUUAUGGCAACGUUCGAUAAGGUUCGGCCAAUGGGGUGA